AUGGAGUUGCUGGGCCUGGUGGUUCCCGGAGACUCGAUCAACGGAAGCACACCCGAGGGAAAACCGAGCUCCGUUGACCCCGAGCUGCUGAACAUGACAGCCGAGGAGCUGCGUACGAGAUACCUGGGCCCUCGCCGCUCGGGUUUCUUUGUCCCCGUCUGCACCACCUACCUGCUGAUUUUCGCAGUGGGGGCCGUGGGCAACAUUAUAACCUGCGUGGUCAUCAUCCGUCAUCGCUUUAUGCGGACGCCCACCAACUACUACCUGUUCAGCUUGGCUGUCUCGGACCUGCUGGUGCUUCUCCUCGGCAUGCCGCUGGAGCUCUACGAGAUGUGGAGCAACUACCCCUUCCUCUUAGGGGCCGGGGGCUGCCGCUUCAAGACCCUGCUCUUCGAGGCCGUCUGCUUUGCCUCCGUCCUCAAUGUGACGGCCCUCAGCGUGGAGCGCUACAUCGCCGUGGUCCACCCUCUGAAGGCCAAGUACAUGGUGACCAAGAAGCACGCCCAGAAGGUCAUCGUCACAGUGUGGCUCUUCUCUGUUGUCUGUUCCAUCCCCAACACCAGCCUACACGGGAUACAGACCCUCUAUGUGCCAGGAUGGGGGCCGGUUCCCGACUCGGACACCUGCACGCUGGUGAAGUCCCCCGUGGUCUACAACCUCCUCAUCCAGCUCACCACCAUCCUCUUCUUCUUCAUCCCCAUGGCCGUCAUCAGCGUCCUCUACCUGCUCAUCGGGUUGCAGCUGCGGAAGGAGAAGCUGCUGGAGGCUCUGGAGGCCAAAACAGGAAGCCGCUCGGACUACUGGAGUGCCCAUCUCCAGCAGAAGAAAGCACGCCGGAGGCAGGUGACCAACAUGCUGUCGGCUCAUAUUCCCGCGUCCAUGUCCGCAGGCGGCUAUGCGCGUCUGCCAGAUCCUGGGCCGUUGUACCCCAUCCCUCCGGAUAACUG